CGGGUGAGGUUCUAGCGUAAAAGCCAAAUAAAAGUGAAAAAGACGUUAAGAUUUGGGCAGGCCGCCAACGAGGAAGCAAGUGCAAUCACCGGUUAAUUGUGUUUCUGAGUGAAAAUUGUAUUAGGCUGAUGAUCGUCGAAGGUUUCAAUUGUUGAAAUUUGUUCUCCGGUAUAUGGUGAAAUUUGUUCUCCGGUAUAUGCAAAUCUACAAGUGUGAAUCAGUAGAAUCAGAAGAAGUUUGUUUGAUUGACCUCUCCGUGGAAAGGAUUGAAAGCUGAACUUGAUCUGACAGCAGAAUUGAUAAGAAUUGUUCUUGGCAAGUGUGUUAUGUGAAUGUAAACCGUAGCAGAAUGCACCUCUCGAAUGGAACCGUAGUAUUCUACACGUUGAUGUAUUUCGCCAACCAUAAGGAUAAUGAAAUCCAGAUUAUGCCGAAUAGUACCCUUAGCGGGAGCCAUCAAACUGACCUACCGGACGAAGUUUGUUACGGCGUUUACGGGUGCUUCCACAUUACGUCACCCUGGACGGACGAGCGGCGUCCGAUUGCCCUGCUGCCGGAGAAGCCGGAUAAGAUCGGCGUUCGCUUCCCGGUGUUCAACAAGCAAACACGAACCAUCCCGAAAUUCAUCAACCUGGACGAACCGGAUGAUCUGAAAACGAUCGGAAUCAACCCAAGCGGUCGCAUUUACCUGGUGACGCAUGGCUUCCUGCAGUCGGGCAAGGCAAAAUGGAUCGAACAGAUGAUCAACGCGUUGCUGGAUCAGGACGAGGAGGGAACAGCGACGUGUAUCGUAAUCGACUGGGGUGGUGGUUCGAGUCCGCCCUACAACCAAGCUAGUGCCAAUAUUCGACUGGUAGGAGCGAUUGCAGCUCACGUGAUUCACAUGAUAUAUGAGGUCCUAUCGCUCAAGAAUUUAAAUAACAUUCACAUGAUCGGUCACUCGCUAGGGGCACAUCUCUCGGGCUACACUGGUUACUUUCUACAAAGAGAUUUUGACUUAAAGCUUGGACGUAUUACCGGUUUGGAUCCCGCGGAGCUGGCUUUCACCGAAACCGAUCCGAUCGUUCGGCUGGAUACCACCGACGCAAAAUACGUGGAUAUAAUUCACAGCGAUGCAACGCCUUUUGUGCCGAAAAUUGGUCUGGGAUUGUUUGAACCGAUUGGGCAUCUGGACUUCUACCCGAAUGGAGGUUUCAAUCAACCCGGUUGCGAGCAGACAUUCUGGAAGCGCAAGGAUGGUUCGUUUAUUUCUAGUAUGUAUCAGUUCUUCAGCUGUAGCCAUGUCCGGGCGGUAAGCUAUUUUAUCGAGAGUAUUCAGAGCAAGUGUCCCUUCACUGCUAUUGCCUGUGAGAGCUAUGAAAAAUUUCUGGCUGGCGAUUGCUUCGAGUGCGAUCGGGACGGCCACAUGUGCUUUACGUUUGGCUUCAAAAGCUACGGAAGUUACCGCAGAAUGGUGGAAUCCAAUCAAAUAAUUGGCAACCGAGAGAUUCAGGCAUAUUUGAUGACAAAACCGGCGGAGCCGUUCUGCAGGGUUCAUUACAAGGUUUUGAUAAAGGUGUCCGAUUCUGAGGCAAGUCUCCUGCACGGUGGUGAGGUUGGUCGCUUUCAUCUGAAUAUAUUCGGCAACAAAGGCGAACAUUCGGAAAAGAUGGCCUUUACCACCGAUUCAGAAUUGUAUGAACCGGGCAGAAACUACACUCGCGUGCUUGCCGGACGCGGUGUCGGAAAACCUCGCAAAAUAACUGUCAGUUGGGAGUACAACACCAGCUUUCUGAACCCGUUGACCUGGCGGAUUCUAAGUUCACCACGCGUUUACGUUGAGUACAUUGUGCUGCAGUCCCUUGAGCAUCGAAUGAAGAUCCGAUUCUGUUCGAACUACAACAUACCGGUAACGAGUAAUUCGGAUAGUGUGUUCACACAGGAAAAUUGUCGAUUUCAUCCGAAGCCUUUGGAAACCGUAUUAAACUGAAGUUCAGUUCCGAAUCCUUCCGCCAGCCAGUGUGUAUCAGUAACAGCCGUAUCAAUGCAAACUAUCUUAUUUAUACUAGAUUAUUUAAUGUUAGGAAAAAUAUAUU